AUGGUUCCCACCUCCGACAAGGGUCGUUUCUACGCCUUCGGUCGUGUCUACGCCGGUACCGUCAAGUCUGGUGUUAAGGUCCGCAUCCAGGGCCCCAACUACGUCCCCGGAAAGAAGGAGGACCUGUUCAUCAAGGCCAUCCAGCGUACUGUUCUGAUGAUGGGUCGUAUUGUCGAGCCAAUUGAGGACGUUCCUGCCGGUAACAUUGUCGGUCUGGUCGGUGUCGAUCAGUUCCUGCUCAAGUCCGGUACCCUGACUACCGAUGAGACCGCCCACAACCUGAAGGUCAUGAAGUUCUCCGUCUCCCCCGUUGUGCAGCGCUCCGUUGAGGUCAAGAACGCCCAGGAUCUGCCCAAGCUGGUCGAGGGUCUCAAGCGUCUGUCCAAGUCCGACCCCUGUGUCCUGACCAUGAUCAACGAGUCCGGUGAGCACGUCGUCGCUGGUGCUGGUGAGCUCCACUUGGAGAUCUGUCUUAAGGAUCUCGAGGAGGACCACGCCGGUGUCCCUCUCCGUAUCUCCGACCCCGUUGUCUCUUACCGUGAGACCGUCACUGCCCUCUCCUCCAUGACUGCUCUGUCCAAGUCUCCCAACAAGCACAACCGUCUGUACAUGACUGCUCAGCCCAUGGAGGAGGAACUCUCCCAGGCCAUCGAGACCGGCAAGGUCUCUCCCCGUGACGAUUUCAAGGCUCGUGCCCGUGUCAUGGCUGACGAGUACGGCUGGGAUGUCACCGAUGCCCGUAAGAUCUGGUGCUUCGGUCCCGACACCACCGGUGCCAACCUGCUCAUUGACCAGACCAAGGCUGUUCAGUACCUGAACGAGAUCAAGGAUUCCGUUGUCUCCGGUUUCCAGUGGGCCACCCGUGAGGGUCCUGUUGCUGAGGAGCCCAUGCGCUCCGUCCGCUUCAACAUCCUUGAUGUUACCCUGCACGCUGAUGCCAUUCACCGUGGUGGUGGUCAGAUCAUCCCCACUGCUCGUCGUGCUCUGUACGCCGCCGCUAUGCUGGCUGAGCCCGGUCUUCUUGAGCCCAUCUUCAACGUCGAGAUCCAGGUUCCCGAGCAGGCUAUGGGUGGUAUCUACGGUGUCCUCACCCGCCGUCGUGGUCACGUCUACACUGAGGAGCAGCGCCCCGGUACCCCUCUGUUCAACGUCAAGGCUUACCUGCCCGUCAACGAGUCCUUCGGCUUCAACUCCGAUCUGCGCUCCGCCACCGGUGGUCAGGCCUUCCCCCAGUCCGUCUUCGAUCAUUGGGCUAUCCUGCCCGGUGGUUCUCCUCUGGACACCACCACCAAGCCUGGUCAGGUUGUUACUGAGAUGCGUAAGCGCAAGGGUCUCAAGGAGGUUGUUCCCGGCUACGAGAACUACUACGACAAGCUGUAA